CAAUUUUUAACAUAGAAAAAUUUGAGUGUUUUUCUAAAUAUAUAUAAAAAUCAAAAUUAAUACACAACAACAAUUCCGCAAACAACGAGGAAAACUUCCAAAUGACUGUGACCAGCACCCAUGUGACAAUGGAAGUACAAGUGAAAGCUCACCAGCCCGCCAACCACCAGGAUCCAAAUAAUAGCGCUCAAUUAACGGUCAGUGCAUCGCCCUCGUUCAUGAAAGAGCACAACAAACAUGUCCAACAGCCUGAUAAUGAAAUGGAAAAUAUAGUAAAAGCCGCUGGCGGCAAUACGACUGUACUUUUGGCAAAUAAAAACUUCCAUUUAGAAACCCCAUCAGAUAAAGGUGAAACUGAUAUAAAUCACGAAAGCGGCGCAGCAUUUGUGACUGGCCAGGAGGCUAUCAAUGUAUUGCAUGAACAACAUCUUCAUCAUCAGGUAACAUGGUUAAAUGAUGAUGAAAUUGAUACGCUCGAUUUGGCUACAUUGGACAUUGGUAACAUGUUUAAUCGUGUGGACAGUGCUGAGAUUAUAUAUCAACAAAAAAAGAAAAACAUUAAAAUGGUGGGUAAAUAUGUAAUGGGUGAUGUAUUGGGCGAAGGAUCAUACGGUAAAGUGAAAGAGGUUCUAGACUCGGAAAACCUAUGCCGACGUGCAGUAAAAAUUCUGACGAAACGAAAAUUAAGACGUAUUCCCAAUGGGGAACAAAAUGUACAACGAGAAAUUCUACUGCUUAAGCAAUUAAAGCACAAAAACGUCGUCGCUUUAUUAGAUGUAUUGUAUAACGAUGAGAAACAGAAAAUGUAUUUGAUUAUGGAAUACUGUGUGGGAGGAUUGCAGGAAAUGCUUGAUAGUGCUCCUCAGAAGAAAAUGCCCCUGUUUCAGGCACAUCGUUAUUUUCGUCAACUAAUAAACGGCCUCGAGUACCUGCACAGCAUGCGUGUUAUACACAAAGAUAUAAAACCAGGCAAUCUAUUACUAACGCUACAUGAAACGCUUAAAAUUUCUGAUUUUGGCGUAGCCGAACAGUUGGAACUAUUUGCAGCGAAUGACAUAUGUUUAACUGGGCAUGGGUCUCCCGCAUUUCAACCGCCUGAAAUUGCUAAUGGCUUCGAAGCAUUUUCGGGUUCCAAAGUUGAUAUAUGGAGUAGCGGUGUAACACUUUAUAAUCUGUGCACGGGCUUGUAUCCAUUUGAGGGAGACAAUAUUUACCGUUUAUUAGAAAAUAUUGGACGGGGACAAUGGCAGACACCUGAUUGGCUGUAUAAAUUAGAUGAACAUCUCGCUACAUUAAUACUGGGAAUGCUGCAAUUUGAUCCAGAUAAACGUUACACAAUACAACAGAUUAGACAAGAUUCCUGGUUUAUGUCGGCUCCGGAAGAAAAGGGCCCACCUAUACCCAUUCCACCAUUAAAAAAUGACAAAUAUCGUCGUUCCACAGUACUGCCUUAUUUGGAUGCUUACCAUUAUGAAGCUGAACGUGAUUUAGAAGAAGUCUACUUUACCGAACAUGAUUUAAAUCAGGAAUUAGCACGCAAAGCCGCAGCUGCCGCUGCUGAAAUUAAAGCUCAACAUCAGCAACAACACACCCUCACCGGUCCUUCCACAACAACAACUUUGCAACAACACACGGCAGCUUCAUGUUCGAAUUCAGCUUCUCAUCAUACCAAAGAGAAGAAGUCAUCGUCACUGAAAAGACGCGCCAAAAAAUUGACAUCAUGCAUUUCCGUACGUAAAUUAUCAAAUUGUCGACCUUCUUAGAUCUUAGAAGAUUAACCAUGACCAUCAUCAUCAUCAUUCAGUCAACCAAAACAAUAACAUUCAGUCUAUAUAUACAUACUUUUGUAAAUCUUUCUACUACUAUUAUUAUUGUUUUUACUCCAAGGAGUUUUAUUAAUCGCA